GGUUCGACCCCGGGCUGAACCAUUUUAUAUGUUUUGGAGCGUCGUCACCUGUUCUUCCUAUUACCUACCAUCACCUUCUUUUUGCAGUAAUAAAUUACAGUCCUUAUCUAGUAUGAACUAUCAUGUCUAAUGAACGUGUGGUCACUCGACAUCGCUGGGAACCUCGGGAGUCCUUAUCAUGUCAUGGUAUAAAAAGCCUUUCACUCAGUCAUUUUACGAGAACUUGUAGGUAUUCCUCACACUGAAUGGCGACGCAAGCAAACUCUGUGCCACAUCCUACUCUCGUGGAGGUGGAUCCGUUUAUACCAGCCGAUCAACAGAAAGGCCUCCAUAAUCGCUGGCAUCCUGAUAUCCCAGCAUAUGCAACCGUCAAACCAGGACAAGUGUUCAAAAUCCAAUGCGUUGAUUGGACUGGAGCUCAGAUCGGUAACAACGACUACAGCGAUGAUAUCAGGAGUAUCGAUCUGACGAAAAUCCACAAUCUUUCCGGCCCAAUUGCUAUUGAGGGAGCAGAACCUGGAGAUUGCUUGGUGGUUGACAUACUGGAUGUGACUCCCUUUGAGAAGAUGCCGUGGGGAUAUACGGGGAUAUUCGAGCUUGAAAACGGCGGUGGUCUUUUUGCUAAGGAAUUUAACAGCAAAGCCGCCAAGGCCAUCUGGGAUUUCAAAGGAAUCUAUGCCACAUCUAGGCAUAUUCCAGGAGUUCGCUUUGCUGGAGUUUCUCACCCUGGUCUUAUUGGGACCGCCCCGUCAGCAGAGCUUCUUGCAACUUGGAAUGAACGUGAGAGAGGCCUUAUCGCUCAAGACCCUCACGCAGUACCAGCUUUGGCGUUUGCUCCGGAAUUCAAAGGUGCCUAUAUCGGCCAGGAUCUCGAUCCAGAACUUUUGGAGAAGAUCAAGACUGAAGGUGCGAGGACUAUUCCUGGUAGAGAACACGGCGGAAAUUGUGAUAUCAAGAACCUUUCGAGAGGCUCACGAUGUUACUUCCCAGUGUUCAUUCCAGGUGCAAAUCUAUCCGUUGGGGACCUACACUUUUCCCAAGGAGAUGGCGAGAUCUCGUUCUGCGGUGCCAUCGAGAUGGCAGGAAUCAUCACGUUCAGUACUAGUAUCAUCAAAGGAGGCGUGGAGAAAUUCGCGUUGAAACAGCCCAUAUUCCUGCCAUCGCCCGUUGACCCUAUGUACUCGGCUAAGCUGAUUUUCGAAGGGAUAAGCGUUGAUUAUCAUGGCGAUGGAAAGCAAUACAACAUGGACGCUACGGUGGCCUACAAACAGGCAGCCUUAAAUGCGAUUGCUUAUUUGAUGAAGAUCGGCUAUACUCGUGAACAAGCCUAUCUCUUACUCUCCGCUGCCCCAGUUGAGAGUCACGUAGGAGCCAUUGUCGACUCUCCCAAUGCUUGCGUCACAUUGGCUUUGCCUCUAGGAAUAUUUGAGCACGAUAUACUCCCGAAGGAAGAAGGACUCGAGAAAAUUGAUUUUGGGCAGUGUGCAAUCCGGAGCGAUGGAGUUAUUUGAAUUGUUGUGGGUAACUGACCCACAAAUUUCUUAAGGUUGGCAAUAUUCUUCUGCUCAAUGAAGGUGACAUGAUGACAGGUGCACAAUAUUGAAGAACAUGCAAGUGCA